UAAGCGUGCCCCUUCUUCGCCAUCAGUAUAUUUCAGACAUUCACUUCUUCACCAUCUUGAGAAAAAAACUGUCCACGACAAUGGAAGCCUGCGUUUUAACCUCUCUCUGCGUUCUCUUCAAUCUCCUCCUCCUCCUCCUUCUAACGGUGAUCUCUAAGGGACAAUCAGAGCAUGCUAGCUUGCCACCAAGGGGUUGGAACUCCUACGAUUCCUUUUGCUGGACUAUCUCUGAAGAAGAGUUCCUGCAUAAUGCAGAACUCGUGGCACAGCGAUUGAAGGCUAAUGGAUAUGAGUAUGUUGUGGUGGAUUACCUCUGGUAUAGGAGGAAAGUGGAAGGUGCUUACACGGAUUCUCUGGGAUUUGAUGUAAUUGAUGAAUGGGGGAGAAUGAUUCCUGACCCUGGUAGAUGGACUUCAUCCAAAGAUGGAAAAGGGUUCACUGAAGUAGCCAAGAAAGUUCAUAGUAUGGGUUUGAAAUUUGGGAUCCACGUUAUGAGAGGAAUAAGUACACAGGCUGUCAAUGCAAACACCCCGAUCUUAGAUAUCACCAAGGGACGUGCUUAUGAGGAAUCUGGCCGGCGGUGGUAUGCAAAAGAUAUAGGCUUAAAGGAGAGGGCUUGUGCGUGGAUGUCACAUGGUUUCAUGAGUGUAAAUACUAAGUUGGGAGCUGGAAGAGCUUUCUUAAGAUCACUUUAUCAACAGUACGCGGACUGGGGUGUUGAUUUUGUGAAACAUGACUGCAUAUUUGGGGAUGACUUGGAUCUUGAUGAGAUAGCCAUUGUGUCAGAGGUUUUGAGGGGACUUAACCGCCCCAUCCUAUAUUCCCUAUCUCCAGGAACUAGUGUGACACCAGCCAUGGCGAAGGAUGUCCAUGGACUAGUUAACAUGUACCGAAUAACAGGGGACGACUGGGAUAAAUGGAAAGAUGUUGCUUCCCACUUUGAUAUUGCUAGGGACUUCGGAACUGCUAAUAUGAUGGGAGCUCAAGGCUUGCUGGGAAAAUCGUGGCCUGAUUUAGAUAUGCUACCACUGGGCUGGCUCACUAACGAAGGUUCAAAUGAAGGCCCCCACAGAAGAUGCAGUCUCACACUCGACGAGCAAAAAACUCAGAUGACGUUGUGGUCCAUGGCCAAGUCCCCUCUCAUGUUUGGAGGGGAUAUGAGAAAGCUUGAUGAAACCACAUUCAAUCUUAUCACACACCCUACACUACUAGAAAUAAACUCCUUCAGCUCAAACAAUAUGGAGUUUCCUCAUGUUACUAGUAUAAACGGUCUCCGAUUUGGAGAACGGGGCCUGAGCUGGGAGUCAAGAAGCUUGGCAGAUAAUGAUUCACCAGGACAUAAUUUUAGUCUCAGUAACUGUAUGGACCCCAAGGCAAAAGGUUGGUCCAGUGAAGCCAUUGAUAAUGAUCUUCAAAAAAUAUGCUGGAAAGGAAGCACAAGAAGCAGAUAUGAGGAACCUUUUUGUCUGUACAAGAGAGGAACACUUUUGGCAUCAGACGAAGAGAUGAUGUAUGAGCACCAAUAUCAAGGGAAAUUUCAUUUAUUAGCUGCAGACACAAUGGAUUUUUGCUUUAGUGGCUCUCCAAAAAGGAAGCUUACUUCCAAAGAGUUCAGAAGAGGUUCAUUUUCACCUUGCAAAUGGGACACUAAUCAGAUGUGGGAGUUGAGACAUGAUGGAUCCCUCAAAAACAGCUAUUCUGGUUUAUGUGUUUCAGUAAAUACUGUCAAAGUAAAUGCUGAUUCUGGUGGAAUUCGCUCUUGGAUUGCUACUGGAAGAAGAGGAGAAAUAUAUGUUGCAUUUUUCAAUUUAAAUGCUCAGGGGACUGUAAUAUCGGCGAAGAUUUCAGACCUGGCUGAAGCUCUUCCCGGUAGAAAUCUAAAUAACGGAAAGGAUUCGUGCAGCGCUAAAGAAGUAUGGAGUGGGAAGGAUCUCGGAGAAGUGAAAGAGACGCUAUCAACACCCGUACAAAUGCAUGGCUGCGCGUUGUUUGUCCUGACCUGCCACUAGUGUUGUGCUGUUCUGUGAUCUCUUCCUUUUUCCACGUUACUUCUUCUUCUUCUUCAAGAGCUUAGAGCUGCACUAAGAUCAUUUAAUGUUACCUUUGAAUACACUCUGGGUUCAGAGUGGCAACUGUUUUUCUUAAAGUUGGUGUUUGACUUCCCAGGUUGCUUUCAUGAUUGAUUGUGUUCUGCAGAUGUGUCGUCGAGUAAAUUAUGGCUGCUUAAUGGAUUAGUUCGAA